UUUAGAUGCAACUUUGCCAAACAUAACUGCUGUCUCCUCCAACUUUUUGCGCAAAGCAUGCAAGAUGACGUAGGUAAUGUUUCCGAGUUAUGUUAGCUGGCUAGGAUACAAGCAAACUUUGCUCCGCACAGAACCGGAUGGUGACCGUGGGCACACAGCCCCCCAUUUUUGGUGUAUCUGCAUCGUAUGGUAGUUUGCUAGCUCUUGGUGCAGCACCCAUGGCUUCUGGUCGCAAGCGGACAAAGGCCGACGUGUGCGACGCCUUUUUGGCCCUUCUCGCUGAGCGGGGUGACGUGGAGCUGGACGCAGCGCUUGUGGAGGGCAUACGCCAGCAUUUUGAAAGGUUGCCAACACGUUACGCUCUGGACGUCAACGUAGAUGGCCUUGACGUGUUAAGCCAUAAACGGCUCCUCGAUGAGGCCAGAGCGGACCCCACCACGGUAUCUUUUGCUGUGCGGCCGGUGGAGAUUAUAGCUCCUCGACCAGAGCCAGUGUCUUCCCCACAUGAGCUCACGCGCGCCAACUCAAAGAAGCUGGGGCUUUGCCGCCCAGCGUUUGGCUCAUCACCCAACCUUCAAGCGCUGGCGCUCGAAGUUGGGGAGCGAGCCGAGGCCCACGAGGCCGAGCCCGCGGUAGCUGGGCCCGGCAGAUCAGGAGAGGAAUACCCUGUGUUCUAUGAGAUCACAAUAGCAUCGGUUGACCAGCCGAAGCUGCUCAGCCGGCUCUCGGAGGCCCUGGGGGAUCUGGGGCUAAAUAUACGAGAGGCGCACGCGUUCAACACGAACGAUGGCUUCUCUUUAGACGUGUUCGUUGUGGACCAAUGGCAACCGCAGCCGGGACAAAACCUGGAGGAGCUUUUGGGGCAGCGGCUCUUGCAGAUGCCGCCCCCUCCGCCCAAGGGUGCCCCACCCCAGCAGGUGGCAGCAGCGUGUACGCCUAUGCUCCGGUUACCGGCGGAGCCGCCCCCGAACUUGUUGCAGGGCGCGGGGCCCCGGCCGGACUCCCCCGCGGUGGACGACUGGGAGAUCGACAUCACGCAGCUGCACAUCGAGGCGAAGAUCGCGUCGGGGGCGUUUAGCAACCUGUACAAGGGCACCUACUGCGGGCAGGAGGUGGCGGUGAAAAUCCUGAAGGACGUGCAGGACGACUCGUCGCAGUACCAGGAGUUCCUGCAGGAGGUGGCCAUCAUGCGGAAAGUAAGACACAAGAACGUGGUGCAGUUCAUCGGGGCAUGCACGCGGAAACCCAACCUCUGCAUCGUCUUCGAGUACAUGUCGGGCGGCAGCGUCUACGACUACAUCCGGCGGGAAGGGCAGCUGAAGCUGUCUGCCAUCCUGAAGCUGGCUGCUGACGUGGCUCGCGGCAUGGACUACCUGCACCAGCGCAAGAUCAUCCACCGCGACCUCAAGGCCGCCAACCUGCUCAUGGACGACAACGCCAUUGUCAAGAUCGCGGACUUCGGCGUGGCGCGGGUGAUUGAGAGCACGGGGCACAUGACGGCGGAGACGGGGACGUACCGCUGGAUGGCGCCCGAGGUGAUCGAGCACAAGCCGUACGACGAGAAGGCGGACGUGUUCUCGUUCGGCAUUGUGCUGUGGGAGCUGCUUACGUGCAAGGUGCCGUACUCGGACAUGACGCCGCUCCAAGCGGCGGUAGGUGUCGUACAAAAGGGGUUAAGGCCCGGCAUUCCGCCCAACUGCCCCAGCCCGCUGGCUGAGCUCAUGGAGGCCUGCUGGGGGGGCAACCCGGCGGCGCGGCCGAGCUUCCGGGACCUCCACCCGCGGCUCCAACAGCUCUGCGCGCUCGCGCUGGAAGAGGAAAAGCGGCAGCAGGAGGCAAAGCCGGCCUCCAAACAAGGGCUACUCUCCAAGCUGCGAGGCAAAUAAUGAGCAUUUAUCCUUCGCGGCUUGGGGCGGUGGUGUUAUAGUUCAGGCGCAGCAGCGGUAGCAGCAAAAGCGGCAGGAGCAGCUCAAUGUUGGCCUGUGGAUGGCUUUCAGUUUGCCCCCACUGUGGAGAGCCGCACGUGCAGUGGUACAUGCAGGUAUUUGGCGCUUGCAUGGCAUCCAGCUGUGCCGAGGCUGUCUUGCUGCAGCCAAGAUUCGCUGCUGCAGCUGCCGCUGCGGUUGCUGGUGCUGCUGCCUUGGAUGGCGGGUUGCGCUGUGCAUAAGUCUGGAGUCGUCGUUGCUGGGCUAGUCGUCAUGCACGCAUGGAGUGCCCCAUGGCUCGGUGCUGUCACAUGGCUCGGAGCUUUCCAGAGGCGUCCUCCCCCUUCGCCUCCUGGGUUGCAUGUGCCGUACGGCCGUACGCAGAGUUACAGGCGCUGCGCCGCAGCCUAGGCGGCUGUCCGCUGUGUGGGGCUCACGCGGUCCUACAAUCUCCAUCUGCAUGCGCCCCUAAAGUGCAAAGGGACCUUGCUGCGUGUGUGUAAGGGUGUUUUCCCUGCUGCUGCUGGACGCGAGGGUCUCCAACAGCCCCCACUGGCUCCGGGGUUCUCUUGUCUCUUGAGCGGCUUCAGUGGUUAUCAUCUUCCAAGUUUUGUGCUCUCCAAAACAUCUAUUUGGUAUUCAGUUGUUAGUCACCGUGAGUGUCUCUUGACAGGCCAUCUGGCUUUCCUGGUGUGAGGCAUGUUCGCUUGGGGCCUGGUAGCGAAGGUUAGGGACCUUUACAGGGCUGCACGUUACAGAGCAACGGAGGCUAGCCGGGUUUGUGAUUGGGAUGGUAACAGCAGUAGCAGCAGUCUGGGCUCCAAGUCGGCAUGCAUCAACAGUAAAGUUCUUUCUUUUGUUACAAACACAAUGCACUGCAUGAAUGCACGAUGGGGUAAAUGCGGAAAUGACGGGCCCCUUGCACGCCUUUGGUUGGCACCGCCAAAGGCCGCAUGUCUUGACGUCGGUGCGCAGUUUUGCUUUUGUUGGUUUGUAUUGUUGCCUAAAUGUGUGUAGUGUAUGGCGGCGGUGGCGGCGGCGAUUUACAUCUUUUGGUGGCGUAUUGUGCUGCUGCUUCCUCUAAUAUAGCGGCGGAAUCAGAUACGGCAUGGUACGGGCCACAUGUCAGGGCUAACCCUACCCCUGAAACAAGUUUCGUGGCCGUUUGAUUCCGCGGUACAGCGACGGUUUCCCUUGCCGUGGCGCGAAAGGAGUCGGUGGUAUGCAGUUCGCGUUUAUGGAAUGGCAGGGCUGGCACGACGGUGGGUAAUUACAAUUCUCUGUGGUGCGGUUGCGUUUCUUCAAGUGGAGUCGCAGCGACUAAGGAAGAGAACGUACGCGCAAAGUAAGCGCACUGAGCUGAUGGUGUGUUCGGAGUGCAUAUUGGAGCGUGUGGGUUGAUGGCUACUACAUCAGUCCACACUUGUGGGGUGGUACAUACGGGGCUACUGAGAGAGGUGGGGGGCACGCAACCUACUUGCACGCUAUGCUACUCCGCCAACAUUCAUCAGGAUUAGAGGCUGAGCAUAGCGUAGCACGGACCUAUGGCUGCCUGGAAGCAGUCAUCUGGGGGUCGGACACAGCUGUAGUCAACUUGGUGACGUGGUGCGCUGUCUUGCAGCUGGAAGCCAAGGAUACGGGUCUUCGGUGUUGCAAAGGCUGCAAGUUCGCUUAAGCAGUUGAUGCAAUUGAGUGGCUCGAUGCCCUGUUGGUGCAUCUCACAACGUUCUCUGCAAGGGAAAUAAGUCUUGUUGUCACAGCUUGACAUCGACCAAGUUGUACUGGAUCGUUCAGCUGUGGCACGACUGCUACAGUUAUCCAUUAUAGUUCCAUGCGUUACUCUCUUCUCUUACACUGGUCGUGGGUAUGUACAACCGCUUACAACACGAGCAAAACUAGCAGGAUAAGCUACGCCUGUUGUGCCUACUGGCACCGACACACC